AGUCUAUUCUCUCCACAGCCUUAGCUAACUAAUUUAUCUGGAAAAGAGUCCCUUCUUCCAGUUAUAGACAUUUCUCUUCCAAAAGGCACAAAGGAUGGUUCCAUUUCAACCAAUUCACCUGCAAACAUCAUUAAUCCCUGAUAUUUAAUUGAGGAUUUUUUUUCCUCUCAAAAACUUACUAAUAGGUCCAUAACUUCCUUAGGGAGAUGCUUUUCAAUAUGCCAAAAUCACCACUUUUUUUUCCUUUUUUUAUUAUAAUUUUUUUAUUUACAAGAUAUAUACAUGAGUAAUUUUUCAGCAUUGAUAGUUACAAAACCUUUUGUUCCAACUUUUCCCCUAUUUCCUCCCACCCCUUCUCCCAAAUGGCAGGUUGACCAAUACAUGGUAAAUAUGUUAAAGUAUAAGUUAAAUACAAUAUAUAUAUACAUGUCCAUAUAGUUAUUUUGCUGUACAAAAAGAAUCAGACUUUGAAAUAGUGUACAAUUAGCCUGUGAAGGAAAUAAAAAUGCAGGUAAACAAAAAUAGAGGCAUUGGGAAUUCUAUGUAAUGGUUUAUAGUCAUCUCCCAGAGUUCUUUCACUGGGUGUAGCUGGUUCAGUUCAUUACUGCUCUAUUGGAACUGAUUUGGUUCAUCUCAUUGUUGAAGAGGGCUAGGUCCAUCAGAAUUGAUCAUCAUAUAGUGUUGUUGUUGACGUAUAUAAUAAUCUCCUGGUCCUGCUCAUUUCAUUCAGCAUCAGUUCAUGUAAGUCACUCCAGACCUUUCUGAAAUCAUCCUGCUGGUCAUUUCUUACAGAACAAUAAUAUUCCAUAAUAUUCAUAUACCACAAUUUAUUCAGCCAUUCUCCAAUUGAUGGGCAUCCAUUCAGUUUCCAGUUUCUGGUCACUACAAAUAGGGAUGCCACAAACAUUCUUGCACAUAACAGGUCCCUUUUCCUUCUUUAAAAUCUCUUUGGGAUAUAAGCCCAAUAGUAAUACUGCUGGAUCAAAGGGUAUGCACAGUUUGAUAACUUUUUGAGCAUAGUUCCAAAUCGCUCUCCAGAAUGGCUGGAUGUAUUCACAAUUCCAUCAACAAUGUAUCAGUAUCCCAGUUUUCCCACAUCCCCUCCAACAUUCCACAUGAUCUUUCUCUAUCAUUCUAGCCAAUCUGACAGGUGUAUAAUGGUAUCUCAGAGUUCUCUUAAUUUGCAUUUCUCUGAUUAAUAAUGAUUUGGAGCAUCUUUUCAUAUGGCUAGAAAUAGUUUCAAUUUCUUCGUCUGAGAAUUAUCUGUUCAUAUCCUUUGACCAUUUAUCAAUUGGAGAAUGGUUUGAUUUCUUAUAAAUUAGAAUCAAUUCUUUAUAUAUGUUGGAAAUGAGGCCCUUAUCAGAACCUUUGACUGUAAAAAUGUUUUCCCAGUUUAUAGUUUCCCUUCUAAUCUUGUCUGCAUUAGUUUUGUUUGUAAAAAAAAAAACCUUUUCAAUUUGAUAUAAUCAAAAUUUUCUAUUUUGUGAUCAAUAAUGAUCUCUAGUUCUUCUUUGGUCACAAAUUCCUUCCUCUUCCACAGGUCUGAGAGGUAAACUAUCCUAUAGUCUUCUAAUUUAUUUAUAAUCUCAUUCUUUAUGCCUACAUCAUGAACCCAUUUUGACCUUAUCUUGGUAUACAGUGUUAAGUGUGGGUCAAUGCCUAGUUUCUGCCAUACUAAUUUCCAAUUUUCCCAGCAAUUUUUGUCAAACAGUGAGUUCUUAUCCCAAAAACUGGCAUCUUUGGGUUUGUCAUAAAAUCACCACUUUAAAAGGCCAUCUAGCAAUUCACAAAAUCAAAACUUAAAUAAUUAGCGACUGAAGCUCAAAGUACUUUUUUUCUGGUUGAGAAAGAGGCAUUAGAUAUAAGGCAUAGUGUAACAGACUUUAAAACCUGCAACAAAAGAGAAAUGUGGAAAUAACCAUGAUUGACAAAAAUGAGUACAAAGUAAAUCCAAGGAAACAUCUAAAUGUCUUGUCAUUUUGUGACCUAAACUGUUUAGCUUUGCCUUUUUUCUACUUUUUCCCCCAUUUUAGUUAAAGAUUUUACCUGUUCUAACUUACAUCAUAUUAUUAAGCCAGAAAGAAUGGAAGUUGUGAUCUGAUCUGUCUUGGGAAAGUCCCAAAUCCCUUAGGUUUGAGCUUCUAACACCUAGGAUAUGAUUCUGAACCUUUAGAAUUUCCUGGAAACAAUUGCUCCAUAUGGAGUGCAGGGGAAACAUACUGAUAAUGUCCUGGAUAACUCAAUGAGGUUGGCAGAGAAAGCCUGAAGUACUGUUAAGAUUACUCCCUGAGGCAAGCAGGAAAGGGCAGUUAGGGAUCAUUUUAAACAUAUAGUUCCACUCAGGUCUUGGGUAACCCCACACUACUGUUUCCAGUCAGAAAGCCAAGUUAUGCCAAACUCCUGAAGUUAAAUUUGUUCUUUAAAUCUGCCCAUGGCCUGUGUCAUCUUUGCUGAAUCCCCUUUUUGCGUUAGCCCACCAUGGGAUUCUGCCUUGCGCUAUCUUUCUUCCCAUUUGCCUCAUAGUGUCUUUCUCCUUCUUAUAGCUAACUAAUUAUUUUAGGAUGCUAAGCUGCUCUAUGAAUUUAGCCUGCCAGUCAAUUUUGUACUCCACCUCAUAGAGUAUUUCCUUUCUCCUAGUUAAUUGUAAGGAAAGGAACUUUUCUUUUCUAUUGUUAAUUAUUAAAACCUCUUUCCUUGCUAACUAUAUGCUCUCUCAAAUCCAUUUCAAAUUUAUCACUCCUGAUACCUGAAACAUCUUCAUUUUGUCUAUAACAUCUUCUCAUAAAUAAACCUACCUUUUACCAAAGAGAUAGGCCAUUGUGAAUUGUGAAUUGCUACUGAACAUUUGGUGGCAAACCUCAACAUUUAGUAUCAGUUGCUGACCUCAAUCUCAUCAUUUGGUACUGAACUUCAAACUCAUCAAUACUACCUAAUUGGUUCCCUUUGGUGGGCACUAGGAAUGAGAGAAGAUCAGGGAGGAAAGAUAAAAUGUAAUUGUUUAGAACUACAGUCUACUUUUAUUUUACACAAAAAAAAUUCAACAAAAACAAGUCAGUCCCUUAUAAUAUACCAAUAUGCCGAGUUGUUUAUAUUGCAAUUCCUUAAAACAAACCAAUACUACAAAUAUUUUAUAGAAAGUUCAAGUACUUUGUCCUUUGACAUGUGGUAGCCUCCCAUGGUGAGGAGGAUAAAAGAUUUCUCUCUAGUCAUGGAAGUUUGAAAGGGCUCAGUCAUGAACAAAAAUGUUCCCAAAAUGUUCAAACGUAAAACAAAAUGCUUUGGGAGGUGGUGAAUUCCCUUUCUCUAAAUGUGUUUGAGUCAUAACUAGAUGAUCUCCUGUUGGAUACUUCAAAGAUUUUUGUUCAAGCAUGAGUUCUAAUUAUAAGAUUCUAUGAAAUUGGAGGAAGUGGUCAUAGAAACACUUCUCACAUUUUCUGUAGGUCUGGGAGAGGUAGCAUUUCCUUCUAUUCUGAACUGACCAACAAAACUCUUGCAUGUCCUGUCUUGAUCAUCUAUUUCCUUCCCUAGCCUGUGUACCUAAUCAGCCUGGAGGUCCUACAAUCCUGAUUAAAGAGUGGGAAGAAGUGCUCAAUGGUCAGGAUGAGAAUUCUCCAACUUCUUCUCCUUUUUCUUCAAUCCCAAAUAGGCACUCCGAAGAAUGAAGCCAGUAGCUCCUCUUACCAUAAAGUGGAUGUGGUUGUUGGGGGAGAUAUCCUGUUCCCACUGAAUAUCUCCCUAGACGCAGAAAUCCAAGAGAUUGAAUGGAGAUUUAAAUCUGAGAUGCUUCAGCUACUCUCCCUUGGACCUGGAAGUCAUUCUUUUCUUUGGUACAACCCCUUGGACAGAUACAAAAAGAGGCUGGAUGCCAUGAAGGAUGCCUCCCUCAUUAUUAGGAAUGUGACUCUCAAGGACAGUGGAUUAUAUGAAGCUCGGAUCAUAUUCGUUUCUGGAAUGUUCAAUGUUCGGUCUUUUGCCCUUUCUGUCUAUGAACCCCUCCCUGUCCCUCAGAUCCAUAUCCAGUCACAAUGUCUCACACCACUCUGGUGCAACAUCACCAUGGAUUGUCAAGUCUCAGAGCCGGGGAAAGCUGUAACAGUGACCUGGAAGAGUUGGAACCUCCUGAGUCAGCUGAAUCUAUCGGAAUUGUCAGAAGUAUCUCCCAACUCCAGAACCCUGAGUCUGUCCUUACCUAUGGGUCAAUCUAACUCCUUGAUCACAUGCUUGGCCAGCAAUCCUAUGGAGCAGAGGAAUACCACCAUAGAUCUGAAGUACAUAUGUGCUCUGAGGGACAUCUUUGCUUCAAACAAAACCCCACAGGAAUCUGUGAAUGUGUAUUCCUGCCCCUUGAAGUGGAUUCUCCUAUGGAAGGGGCUUCUUCUCCUUGGGAUCCUCUUGUGGAUUACUGGGUAUCAGGUUCACUGUGGACAAGAAACAAACCACAAAUGGACGAACUAAGAAGUUCAAGUUUAACAAACCCUCAUCACAUCAAAUAAGAAAAGAUAUGUCAUUGUCUGACAAAGAACAGCAAAGCCCUUACGCUAUCCUUCCAAUUUCUCAGUCACUGAUGGAAAAGAAAUCAAUACGCCAACCAACCAAAAUCCUCCAGUUAUAAGUUCCAUGCCUAUUGCAUGAUAGAGUUGUCACUGCUCUUCCCUCUACCCAUGCUAGGACUAACAAGAAAGGCUAAGAAAUUCUCCUUCCCCAAAUGUGGCAAAUGUACAGAAUAAGUACUGUUAGAAAAAUUGAUGAAUUAUCCUGUAGGUUGCUGGAACCUCAGAGUCUAUGAGGGAAGUGUCUCUGCCCAUAAGAGAAAGCUAGUGAGAAGAGUAAAGUCAAAACUGACUUUUUUCUCCAUUGAACUUUCUAUUUUAUAUGUGAUUUCUCUUCUGUCUUUGUGUCACAGGAUACUUUUUAUAUGUCCAACUCACUAAAUUAUAUUUUGUGUCUACACAAUGAUUGGACAGUUCUAUUCAUGUACUAGUUUUAUUCCUCUAGAUUCUCCUAGAAGUCAUCUUGCUGAUCUCUGUGUCUCUGGACAGAGACUAACUAUAUCAGCAUGUUUCUCAGAAAGUGGCAGAUAUAGUCUAUGAAGUCAUCAUAGCAGCCUUCCAUAAUUAAGCUAUUAACUGACUCUAUGAUGGCAGCAAUCUAUAUUAUCUUAUUUUUGUAUAUUACCAAAAACCCACCAUGGUACUCUGCACAUAGUAGUUACAUAAUAAAAGUUGAUCGAUUGACCUA